CGCUAAUUAACAAAUAUAAACAUACUCAUCAGCAUCAUACUCUUUGAGCAUCUCUCAUCUCACAAAUCUUUAUUAAAAAUCUCUGAUCUUUGCUAAUUUUCAUCGCAUUUAGUAACUAAUAUCCUCAUUUACUUCUCUAACUGUUGUAGCUUAAAUUUUUAGACCAUUAAAUAUGAGCCAAUAAUUCUAUAACUUUUUUUUCCCUCUUAUCAAUCUGUGAUACCGGCUGAAUUACAGUUUUAUGUUAAUUUAGACCAUUCUAAAAAAUAAUUAUGGAUAAGAUACCCGAUUCUAUUUUAUUGGACAUUUUUUCUAGACUAGAUUACAGUGAACUCUGUAUGUGUUCCAGGGUUUGCCAAAGAUGGAGAAUUUUGUCUGACGAUUUCACUCUUAAAAGAAUUAUUGUUGUAAAGAAGCCUCUCCAAGAAAGAUUCUUUCUAAGCCUCAUUAAUAACCAUUUCACUAACAACCUACAAGAAUUCCAUCUACUCAAGCCAAAAUACAAUAGUCCAAUGAAUCCUUUCUCUCUUGUUAUUGUGAAGAAGUCAUGCUUUUGGCAAAUAUCAAACAAAAGUCCAAACCUCAAGAAGCUUAUCCUGGUGUCUUGUUCUUUGCCGAAUGUAUCUAUCAGUGAUUUACCUCCCAAUAUCUUUCACCUGAGUAUCCGAGAGUCUGAAUUGUCACCUAGUACAUUCUUCGGAUCUCAGCCCCACCUUUCUUUGCCUAAUUUAACUUGCUUGGAUCUGGGAGGCUGCAAUAAUUUUUUAACUAGUCAAGACUUGCACAUUCUUACAACCUUCAAAUGCCUAAAGGCUUUAUAUUUCGAAGGCUGCUUUCGAAUUAACAACGGCGGUAUUGAAUCCCUGAUUGAGAUUCUUCCUCAAUUAGAAACUUUAGAUGUAGAAGGUACUGAUAUAUCUAACGAAGGGGUUCAUAUUAUUUUAGAUAACUGUGCUAAGAUUAAAGAAUUGUUCAUAGGUCAUACACUCAUCAAUGAUCGUGCACUGUUUAAAUGUCAGAAAGAUGCUGUUCCGAAAUUAUCAUAUAUUUGUGUUAGAGAUACAAACAUUUCUUCUAUCGGUUUGCAUGCAUUUCUUAUGCCUCCUUACAAUCCAUCAAUUACUGUGAAAGCAGAUUUCCGGUGCUCUAGCAACUGCUUUAAAGAUCCCAACUGUUCACAUAUCGAUGAGGUCAAUAAUCCAUCCAUGAGAUCAUGCUUUCAUUAUAUGUCUCAUGAGUGCUCCAGAUAAAUACAUAUACAUAAACUUUUUAUUAUGCAAUAAAUAGAUUCAAUAGCCAUUUAAGAGUGAAAAUAUUAUAUGAAGAUAUAUUGAUAACACUGGGGAACAGAUGUUUUGUUUUUUUAAUGGAUACUGAAUAUUUUCACAUUGCUGAUUUCAAAUCUGUUUCUGUCACCAAGCUACUAAAUGUUUAUAAAAAGCACUUUUUUUUUAGUCAAAAUGUACAACGCUAUAUGUAACAGGGAAUCUUGUAAAUGUUCUGACAAACUUCUAGAUAAGUUCGGGCACAUAAGGAUUGAAAACGCAUAGGAACCCAUGCCUGGAAAUGUCGUCAUACACUACUAGAGGCGCUUUCUUAUUAUGAAUUGAUUCUAUGUGUGCUUCUGAAUAGAAAAUCGCCACUAGCCUUGCAGAACAACAUUUCUGGGCAUUGGUUCCUAUUCUAUUUCAAUCUUAAUAAUGUGCCCUAAUUCUUCUUGAAGUUUGUUGCAGCAUUUACCUGAUUCCUUGUUAUGUAUAACAUUUUUAAAAUGGUAUACUUCAAUUAAAAAAAAAUAGAUCAAAAAUAUCAUUUAAAAAAAAAUCCAUAGCUUUAGGAGCUAUACUAAUUUCAGGUUUGAAAUUCCCUCUCUCGAAUUAGGCAAGAUCAAGUCUUUGUAUAAAUGCAACAAAAAAGAUUUUCCCCAGUGUACAAAAAGUAGAUUAAAAAUAUCAUUAAAAAAAUAUGUAUUUUUAGGAGCUAAACUAAUUUGAAAUCACCUCGCUCGAAUUAUGCAAGAUCAAGUCUUUGUAUAAAUACAACAACAACAAAAAUUUUUUCCAGUGUAAUCCAUCCAUGAGAUCAUGCUUUCAUUCCAUGUCUCAUGAAUGUUCCAUGUAAAAAAAUAUGUUCAGGAUGUAAAAAAAAAAAAAAUUUAAAAAUGGUCAAAUAUCUCGAUAAAUAUACAUUGGAUCGAAUAAUCAAUAUUUUUUAAAAGCUAUCCAAUGAUACUAAACUCACCCGUUGGAGGCAGGUGUUGGGCAACUUUAGAAUUUUAUAUGUGAACCACUAUUUUUUUUUUAUAGUUGCAGAUUUGGAUUCUUCAGAAAAAAGUAAUGCUUCACAUAAUGAAUUAUGUUGUAAUCAAGUAAAAUUAAAUAGAGUUUGAAAAAUGUUAAAAAUGACAAGGUGUUGGGCAACUUUAGAAUUUUAUAUGUGAACCACUAUUUUUUUUUUUAUAGUUGCAGAUUUGGAUUCUUCAGAAAAAAGUAAUGCUUCACAUAAUGAAUUAUGUUGUAAUCAAGUAAAAUUAAAUAGAGUUUGAAAAAUGUUAAAAAUGACAAAUCUCUAGACCUCUCAGAUUUUAAAGUAUAUAAAUAGACACGUAUAAAUUUUUUUUCAAUAACAGAAAAACAUAAAGACAUUUGAGAACUAAAAAAUAAACACAUUUUUUCAAUCUCUCGAGAUACCACCAUUUAAAACAGUUUAUACACUAUUUUAUUUUCUCGGUUACAGCGCCAACUAUGAAACAAAAUGCAUAUGCCUAUGCACAAAUAGGGUUACUUUUUUCUGGAAUAAAAAAUAGGACUUCAUAUUUAAGAAAUUAAGAUUUAACCUGUCCCCGGGAAUGAGGAUGAAAGACAGAGUUUGGUAUCAUAGGAUAACUUUUACAAAAUUGGUACUAUCCUGUCGAUCUGUCAACGCUCGUUAAAAUGUACAAAUCCUUUGGCACCAUCGUAAUGAAAAGCAUUUUCCAAAGUAAACAUUCUCAACACAUUAAAUUUUAAUUAAAACUACAAAAAAAAAAA